CAUCUGAAGGUCCUCGGUCUGGACUUGGAUGCUGCUCCCUCCAUCACCGAGCAGGGUUGGCAGAGCUGCCGGGCGCUGCAGAGCCCCUCGGGCGGCCCUGGACGCUGUGUGCCGCUGUGUGCGCCAGGGCCGCUUCCCAACUGGCGGCGGUGACUAAGCAGCCCCGAGCAGCUGCCUCAAAGGUCCAUUCUUCUGUGAGAGAUUUAUUGCGGCAAGCAGAGGCGCUGAGAUGUGAUAAUUGCCUUCAUUCCCGGACGAAGACCCUGAAGAACAAAAGCCAGUUGCCCGUGAAUCCAUGGUGUGAUUCAAGCAUUCGCAGAGAGGGAGGAGUGGGAACUGCGCGCCUGUUGCUGUAGCAAAAGUGAAUGGGCAUUAAUCAAAAGGGCAGCUCGGCCCUGCGAGGCGGCUGCAGCGCUGCCCAUGGCGCUGCCCGCGGCCCUCCAGCCCUCGCCUGCUCCGCGCUGCCCUGUCCCUGCCCUGGGGCUGCUGCGGGGAUCCCGGCACUGAGGGGAUGCCACGACGUGAAGCUGGGGGACGUCACUCCAGGGCUGCGCCGACGGUGCCGCCGGGGCUCCUGUCUCUUGUGAGCCUGUCUCACUCCGCGCUGCGGUCUUAGAGCCCAUCUUCUUCACGCGGAUCUCCUGAGCGCGCUCCUGUUCGACGCUCGCUGCUAUAAGGAUCCCCGCAAGGGCUGAAAGCUUGCCGGUUGGUCAGCAUGAGAGACUUGAGACCUGAUUCUUGGUUCUUCAGCUUUCUGGUUGGCAGUCUAUCCAGGAGCCUCUUUGCCUCUGCAGCCCUUGCCGAGAAUCAGACUUCAAAGGAUUUUGCUCCUGUUAUGAUAGAGACCUUGAGACACAUGUAUGAAUAUGUGCCCACUGCUUUGGACUGGUGGCAUGCAGAUAGGUUCUGUGACCAGCGCUUUGCUCAGCUGCUUUUUGAACCCCCAGACAGCGAGCAAUCAUCCUUCAGCAAACUGCUGCAGUCCCACCACAUCAGAGGUUCUGUUUGGCUGAAUGAAAGGGAUGGGGUCCUGCACAGACCAAAAUGGAGACGGAACCAUAUUGUGCCAGUCCUGGUGUUUGGAGUCAAAACAGACACAAAAUAUGUGAAGGUGCUCUCUGACUUCCCAGUGCUGCCUGCUGUCACAGCCUGUGCCCAUCUCCAGUGGGACACCAGGACUCAGGAGAUUGCUACUGUCUUUUCCUAUGCUGUGCCAGCUUUUAUUAACGAAUUCCAGCUCCGUGGCUUUGUUGAUGAGGAAGGCUUUGUUAGAUUUGCUCUCAUUGUCCAUGGGCACCAUUCCCCAUACCUGCCUGUGUUCCGUGCGGAUGGACAGUGGCAUCACUUUUGUGUGACGUGGCAGCAGGAAAAUGGGACCUGGGCCAUCUAUGCUGAUGGUAAAAGGAGGGCAUCUGCCAGCGGCCUGUGUACCGCAGGGUUGGCUGCCCCCCAGGCCAUCUACGGCCAGGGCACUUUCAUAAUUGGGCAGGAUCAAGAUUCCCUUGGGGGCACCUUCAAGGCAAAAGAGUCCUUCAGUGGGAACAUCACAGACUUGCAUAUCUGGCAGAAAGUCCUCAGCGUGGAGCAGAUUGAGAAUGUUCGGUCGUGCUGGAUGGUAGAACAAGAGCUUGUGUUUGGGUGGAGCUUGAAUGCUCUGGAGAUUGAAAGCACUGUUGAGGAAGUGACUGCACAGUUUCUUUGCCCAGGGCCUGUUGAAGAAUGUCGAGUUUUUGAAGUUGGCAGCAGCGGAUUCCGCCACACGUCUUGUUUGCAAUCUUUGCCUUUUAUCUGUCGCUACAGAAAGGAUGCAUAUUGGCAACUGAAAAAAGCUCAGCUGGAAUCCAGCCAUUUGCUUGUCAGCCAUGUGAACACACUUGCAAAGAGGAUGGUGAUUCCUGAGAACAUCUUCACUAGUAAUGUCCGAGACAUGAACCUCUCUGUCGCUCUCGGUACUCUUGAUGUCCUGGCAACUGUUCUGAGGAACGAAGAGACACCUGUGGAGUCCUCUGACCUCCUCAUGGUGCUUCAGUUACUAAAGCAAGUUGCUGAUGUGGAAGUCCAGGAAAGAGAGGAGCUGGAGAUGCUGGAGCAGCUGGGUCAAUAUUACAUGGAAGUGACUGAGUUAAUCCUGGAAGAGCAGAAUAUUGAAACGUGGUCAUCCAUCAGCCAGGCUGUCAGAGGGCCUAUGGCUGUUGUUGAGCUCUGUGACAGAGUGGUGUCACUUCUGGCCCCACUGCUGACCUCAAGGAGGACAAAGAUCACUAUCCAGCAUCAAAAUGUUGGAAUGGAGAUCAGGAAGCUGGAGCUGAGCAGUCAGCAGCUAAGCAGUGAGACAUACCUGAUCCAGAGCCCUGAGGAAGACAGGCCUGACUUCAUUGAAAUUCCUGUCGAAGAGAUUCAAAGAUUGAAAGCCAAAGGUCUCCGCAUGGUCACAGUGAAGAACAUGUGGUUUGGCUACGGCUCCCUGCAGCACUGCCUGCCGGGCCCAGGCAGCAGUGCCGCCAUUCAAGACGUGGCCGCCUUCGAUGGAGGACAGAAGUACCUGAGCACUGCGGUGGGCACUGCUGUCAUUUCAUCCACCGUGCUCAGCGAUUACCAGGAGAUAAGCACUUCUGUGCGCUACCAUCUGCAACACCACACCCGGGACCUGCCUGAUAAGCUGGUGGGGCCCACCUGUGCCUUCUGGAACUUCAGCCUCAGCCCAGAUGCUGGUGGGAUGUGGUCAACAGCUGGCUGCUCUGUGGUGACAUCUCUCCCAGAUUCCACCAUCUGUUUCUGCAACCACACCACAAACUUUGCUGUGCUGCUGCAAGUGUAUGAGAUAAAGAGGACCACCAACGAGGAGCUCACACUACAAACCUUGACUUUUAUUGGAUGCGGAGUUUCCUUUUGUGCCCUGGUUGUUACCUUCAUUUUAUUCUUGGUAGUUGGUGUCCCCAAGAAUGAACGAACAACUGUGCACAAGAACCUGAUCUUUGCAUUAGCUGCAGCAGAAGCUCUGCUCAUGUUCAGUGAGUUGGCCAAGACCAACCAGGUGCUGUGUUUUCUGGUCACUGCCUUCCUUCAUCUCUCAUUCAUGGCAGCCUUCUCAUGGAUGCUGGUUGAGGGGCUUCUCCUGUGGAGUAAGGUGGUAGCAGUCAACAUGAGUGAAGACAGGAGAAUGAAGUUCUACUAUGCGACAGGCUGGGGCCUUCCAGCCAUUAUCGUGGGUGUGACCCUUGCAACUUCCUUCAAUAACUACGUGGCAGACAACUACUGCUGGCUGAAUGUUCAGACCAAUAUCAUCUGGGCCUUUGUUGGGCCUGUUCUCUUCAUCCUGGCAGUGAACACCUUUGUGCUUUUCCGGGUGGUGGUGGUGACUGUGUCCAGUGCUCGCAGGAGGGCAAAGAUGCUGACACCCAACAGCAGUCUGGAGAACCAGAUUGGAAUACAAAUAUGGGCCACAGCCAAACCCAUCUUGGUGCUGCUGCCUGUGCUGGGACUGACAUGGGUGUGUGGGAUCCUUGUCCACCUCAGCAUCAUUUGGGCCUACGUCUUCAUUGUGCUCAACUCCCUCCAGGGCCUUUAUAUAUUCCUGGUCUAUGCAAUCUAUAACAGUGAGGUGCGGAAUGCUAUCCAGAGGAUGAAGGACAAGAAGAAAGCACUCUCAUUCACAAACUGCUCUCAUCCCAUCAACUACUUAUCAAGUCCAAGAAACACCACCUCCUGGGAGACUGGGAAACCGAGUCCUGCAGCAGCGAGUGCCUCUUCAAACCCUGUGCAGAAAGACCCUCCAGUGAAGAACAUCACCAACAGAGGCAACUUUGGAGGCAAAAUUCCCAUGGGGAUUUCAUCAAUCAUGUCACCAGAGAGACCGGCUGUAGAGCUGACAGCAUUCAAAUCCUCAGUGUCUAAGCAGGGCAAGCUUAGACUGUUUUCGAGAAGAUGCCACCCAGAAGCCUUACAGCUUUCCUCCCCACAGUGGACACAUGAACGAGGCAGACAGCAGUGUUUGGGAGUAAACGUGCUGCAGUCCCAGGCUGAGCACGUGCACUGGUGCAUCUCAGCCUCACCUGCUCCUGCCUAUUUUAAUGAGCCACAUGUGUAAUUAAACUCCAGCUGUGUAAAGAGGUGGGCUGUUUAGCUUGUUUUUGCUUUCUCAGGUAAGCCCCCAGCAUAUGUUUAAAAAGCACACAGCCCUGAGCACAUGGAAGGGAGGAUGGAGCCCUCGCAGUGCCCAUGCCUUUGGCGUUAGGAGAACUGGCAGGGCCCCUGCAGAAGCUGGCCAGUCCCCAGGCCAGGCUUGGUGCCUCCCCUCUCCCUGGGUCAGCAACCACACAACUGCAGUGGAAGCAGCAGCUGGAGCAGGCCACGUGCACACAGCUCCCUGCGAGCCUGGAGAGCAGCUCUGCUCGCACCUGGGGCCACGGCUUGGGCUGUGCUUCAGCCUGAGGGUGAUGGAGAAGAUCUCCUUGAACCAGAAGAGCCCUCCUCUCACACUUGUGUGCAUGCAAGGCAGUGAGCAUGGCGCUGUGCUGCUCUGCAAUGAGGGACAGGACUCAAAGAUAAUUGCUUCCAGACAUUAAACAUAUGAAGUACAAGGCAGCAGUGUCCAGCUGCAGCAAUGCUGGGAUGACCCCAGGGCAGGGCAGCAUUGCACGUGGUCAUCUCAGCUUGUUUGGCAGCACAAAAUGCUGUGUAGCUCCUCGGGAAAACAGCUGCCAGGGAAAGCAAGCUGUAGUCCUCUGUGCUUGAUGGUGGUUGAGAGACAAAUCAUCUGAAUACUCUCUUCUGUUUGUUUUCUCCCAAAAUGGUUUAAGACAGAGAGAUGUAUUUUGCCCCAAAUGUGUUUAUUUGAAAACUUCCAGCCAGCUCUAAUGCAGAUUGCCAUGGUGCCAGCAGCAGGCUUGCAAGAGGUUAUGCAAAGAUGCAGGAGGACACCGCCUGCCCCUGCCUGAACCAGGAGAUCACGUGUGCAGGAGUGCGGGUGGAAGCUGGGGGCUGGCAGGACCUGCUUGCAGCUGCCCAGCAGAGUGGUGCUGGGCCUGGGGUGGAAUCCAUCUGCCUCGCCCCACUGCA